AGCCCCUCCCUCUCCGCACGCUCUGUCUCUCGCUCAGUGCAGAAGGUUCCAGUCGGUUGUCAAGACUCACGCCGCAACGAUGAUGGGCAGACCGGUUCUAGUUUUGAGUCAGAACACCAAGAGGGAGUCGGGCCGAAAGGUCCAGACGGGCAACAUCACUGCCGCGAAGACCAUAGCGGACGUGAUACGGACCUGCCUGGGCCCGCGAGCCAUGAUGAAGAUGCUGCUGGACCCCAUGGGGGGGAUUGUGAUGACCAAUGAUGGCAACGCCAUCCUGCGAGAGAUCCAGGUGCAGCACCCUGCUGCCAAGUCGAUGAUCGAGAUCAGCCGCACGCAGGACGAGGAGGUGGGAGACGGGACCACAUCGGUCAUCAUCCUCGCCGGAGAGAUGCUGUCCGUGGCGGAGCAGUUCCUGGAGCAGCAGAUGCACCCCACGGUGGUGAUCGGAGCCUACAGACAGGCCCUAGACGACAUGAUGACCGCGCUCAAGGACAUCAGCACACCGGUGGACGUGAACAACCGCGCGAUGAUGCUGAGUAUCAUCAACUCGGCCAUCAACACCAAGGCCAUCAGCCACUGGUCCGAGCUGGCCUGCGCCAUCGCGCUGGACUCCGUGCGCACCGUGGAGCUGGAGGAGAACGGCCGCAAGGAGAUCGACAUCAAGAAGUACGCCAAGGUGGAGAAGAUCCCGGGCGGCAUCAUCGAGGAUUCGUGCGUCCUGCGCGGCGUGAUGGUGAACAAGGACGUGACGCACCCCCGCAUGCGCCGGGUGAUCAAGAACCCGCGGAUCAUCCUGCUGGACUGCUCCCUGGAGUACAAGAAGGGGGAGAGCCAGACGGACAUCGAGAUCACGCGCGAGGAGGACUUCGCCCGCAUCCUGCAGCUGGAGGAGGAGUACAUCCAGCAGAUCUGCGAGGACAUCAUCCGCCUCAAGCCCGACGUGGUCUUCACCGAGAAGGGGAUCUCUGACCUGGCCCAGCAUUACCUGGUGAAGGCCAACAUCACAGCCAUCCGCCGCGUCCGCAAGACGGACAAUAACAGAAUCGCCAGGGCGUGCGGAGCUCGGAUCGCCAGCCGCACAGACGAGCUGCGGGAGGAGGACAUGGGCCUGGGCGCCGGCCUCUUCGAGGUGAAGAAGAUCGGGGAUGAGUAUUUCACCUUCAUCACAGAGUGCAAGGACCCCAAGGCCUGUACCAUCAUCCUCCGAGGAGCCAGCAAAGAGAUCUUGGCGGAGGUGGAGCGGAAUCUCCAAGAUGCCAUGCAGGUCUGCCGGAAUGUGCUGUUGGACCCUCACCUGGUGCCAGGAGGGGGCGCCACGGAGAUGGCCCUGUCCCACCGCCUGAUGGAGCGCGCCAAGAGCAUGACGGGGGUGGAGCAGUGGCCCUACCGCGCGGUGGCCCAGGCGCUGGAGGUCAUCCCUCGAACCCUCAUCCAGAACUGCGGGGCCAGCACCAUCCGCGUGCUCACCUCCCUCCGGGCGAAGCACACGCAGGAGGGCUGUGUGUCGUGGGGGGUGAACGGGGAGACCGGCGCCCUGGUCGAUAUGAAGGAGCUGGAGAUCUGGGAGCCGCUGGCCGUCAAGGCUCAGACUUACAAGACUGCUGUGGAGACGGCCAUCCUGCUGCUGCGUAUCGACGACAUCGUCUCGGGGCACAAGAAGAAGGGGGAGGACUCUGGCAUGGGCGGCAGAGCGCCCCCUGCUGAGGAGCACUAGACCUGAACCUGGGGAUGGGGAGGGGGUGGGAUGGGACAGGGGACGGAGGGGACAGACACGCACAGAUCGGGCUUCCAGAAGCCCCGCGGUGUGGUGGACUCUCGCAGUCAGACUCUCCUCCUGUCUGCCCGUUGUCUGGGCAGAGCAGAUCCAACACCGGUGUGGGCCGGGCCUGGGCCUGCUCCCUGAUCUGGAGAGCAGCACAGUCCAGCCUGCUCUACAGGUUUAGGAUCAGGGCAGACGUUUGUGUAAUUAAAUGUGGCUUUAUGGAGACCUGCACUGCAAAUUUAAACAGGGGUGACUCUUCUCGGACACCGGCUCCUAGAGCCUGGUUCUGAAUGGGGUUUGGGCGCCAAAGAUAAGGGAGCAGAACGGCCCUACUCCUCAGGAGCUGCGAUCCCGCUGUUUGUUAGGGAUGGGCCAGUUAUCUGGUUUCUUGCCCAGAUGACGACUUGAAUUCAGUAAUUGAAUGCUGAAAUGCAGUGCAGCACUCAAGGACUGGAGCUUGGCUCCUCAUGAGUUAUGAAUCGUGGGCGACCAGCUCUCUGGUCCGGUGAGGUUACCCCGUGCUUGUGCUGUAAGGUUAUCGUGUCCCUGCUGGACUGGGGCAGGAGUGUUUGGACAGGGUGCCCUUUACGUCUGCUCCUGGAUGCCAUGAGCUGGCUGGAGGAGACUCCCAGAGUCUCCAGGGCAAAGUUUCCUGGGCGAGUGGGUGGUGCGAGUGGACAUGUGUCCAAUCUGUGAGAAUUGUGUUGACGUACAGGUCUGGUCCUCUUGCUCUUCUGUGCUCUUGCUUUGGGGGGGAGAUUUCUGGCGGGUCAGGGCUCAGGUGCUCCUCCUGCCUUCACCCCAGUUCCGCCUGUCACUGGGGUUUUCCUUGGUCUCCGGUGGGGGGGUGUGGACCGGGGCAGAGCUGUCCCAGCUGGGACCUGGAGGGCCAACAUGUCCUUCAGCUCAGCUGGACUCCCCGGUUCUACAGAUCACCGGCCAGUUCUGAUAGGUACUGGGGAGCACUUAAGAGUCCUGACUUGCAGAUCAGACAGCUUUGGCCAAGACUGCCCCGUGAGUCCUGUUCACUAGCCAGAGGUGCCCCAAUGCUCCUUUGCACCCCUUGAAGUGUAGUGGGGUGCCUGCAGGCUUGCAGAGUCCGGUCUGUGCUGCUCUCCGGGUACCGUUGAGGAGAGCUAGGCGCUGACUUCUAAUCCGUAAAAACGUCCCGUUUGUAACGCUCUGCAUCGCUCCAUCAACUUUAUUUAGUGUCGUUUGCUGUUUGCCUCCAGUUGUCAAAGCUUGGACUGAAAUGAAUAAAAUGCUGAUUUAUUUAUUCA